GACCUAUGCACUACAAUGGAUACUACCAUCUGUUUUAUCAAUACAACCCUAAAGGUUCAGUGUGGGGUAACAUUGUAUGGGCUCACUCAGUCUCAAAAGAUCUCAUCAAUUGGAAAGCACUUGAGCCGGCCAUUUAUCCAUCGAAACCCUUCGACAAGUUCGGGUGUUGGUCAGGUUCAGCCACCAUCAUCCCCGGAAAAGGGCCGGUGAUCCUGUACACCGGAAUAGUCGACGCGAACAAAACUCAAGUUCAAUGCUAUGCCGUCCCAGAAGACUUAUCUGACCCUUUCCUCACAAAAUGGAUCAAACCGGACGAGUAUAAUCCCAUCGUGGUCGCCGGCCCCGGCGUCAAUCGCACCGACUUCCGGGACCCAACAACUGCAUGGUUCGAAGACGGACACUGGAAGAUUUUGGUUGGUAGUAGAAGGAAGCAUAGAGGAAUUGCAUACUUGUAUAGGAGUAGGGACUUCAAGAAAUGGAUUCGAGCCAAACACCCUAUUCAUACUGCUGCUGGAACGGGUAUGUGGGAGUGUCCAGAUUUCUACCCGGUUUCUAUGAAGGGGACAAUGGGAUUGGAUACGUCUGUGGUUGGUAAUCAUGUUAAGCAUGUGUUGAAGAAUAGUCUUGAUGAGACUAGGUUUGAGUAUUAUACUUUAGGUACCUAUUUCACCAAUAUAGAUAGGUAUAUACCGGACAACACCUCUGUUGAUGGUUGGGGUGGUCUUAGGUAUGAUUAUGGUAAUUUCUAUGCAUCCAAGUCCUUCUUUGACCCCACUAUGAAUAGAAGGAUCUUGUGGGGUUGGGCUAAUGAGUCUGAUACUAAGGAAGAUGAUAUUCACAAAGGAUGGGCAGGAAUUCAGGCAAUUCCAAGAACUCUGUGGCUUGAUCCUGGCGGUAGACAAUUGGUACAAUGGCCUAUUGAGGAAUUAAAUAGCCUUAGGGAUAAAGAAGUAGAGAUGAGCAAUCUAAAGCUUGCAAAGGGAGAUUAUGUUGAAGUUAAAGGAAUUACUGCUGCUCAGGCAGAUGUAGAAGUUACCUUCUCAUUUUCAAGCUUGAACGAGGCUGAAGCAUUUGAUCCAAGUUGGGUCAACGCAGAGGAUUUGUGUGGUAAAAAGGGUUCAAAUAUUCAAGGUGGGGUUGGACCUUUUGGUAUUCUAACAUUGGCUUCAAAAAAUUUGGAGGAGUUUACUCCUGUCUUCUUUAGAAUUUUUAAAGCUUCGAACAAGCAUGUAGUGCUCUUAUGCUCCGAUGCAAGAAGUUCUUCUUUGAAGAGUGAGUUGUACAAGCCAUCAUUUGCUGGAUUUGUAGAUGUGGAUUUGUCUACUACUAAGAAGCUUUCUCUUAGGAGUUUGAUUGAUCAUUCUGUAGUGGAGAGUUUUGGAGCAGGAGGAAAAACAAAUAUUUUAUCUAGAGUUUAUCCUGAGUUAGCUGUGGCAGAUCAAGCUCACUUAUUUGUGUUUAACAAUGGAACCGUACCAAUCGUUGUGGAAAAUCUUAGAUCAUGGAGCAUGAAAUCUGCCGUCAUAAAUUGA